ACUGUUAUGGAACCGUUUUCGAAUACGAGGGUGUCGAGAAGACUAAUUCUACUUUACGUUAAGCCUUCAUCCAAUGAUUUUUGUAACUUUAAUCAUUUUUUGAAAAUAAACAUCAGAUUCACUAAUAUAAAAAUGGAACUAUACAAUAGUGCUUUUCUUUUUGAAACAAUAUUCUUCUCAUAAUUUAAAACUCAGAAAUUGCAAUAAACAUUUAAUCAAACGUCAAGUACUUUUUUAAUGGACUAGUUUUAUCUAAUUUCCUCAAUGAAAGCAGCGAAGCUUGUUUGAGUCAUUUCGCAUUAACGUAGUCCACUUCUACAUCAGUCUACACUUCCAUCCACAAAACAUGGCAGCUCUUUAAAGGCAAACAGUGUUGGUUAAGUUUUCAAUUUGUUUAAUAUUCUACAGCACUGCAUGAGAAUUUCAGUUCCCACAAAAUGAUUGGUUACGCACGUACGUGCGCUGGGUGCCGAAAGUUAUUUGGCACAUUAUGUGCAGCUAUACUUCAAAGAAGAUGUUAUAGUGGUAUUCCACUGGCUGAAGCAGCCAAACAACUGAAAGAAAGUCGAUCUAUAUUAGUGAUGGCAGGGGCUGGUCUCAGUACGGCAAGUGGUAUACAAGACUUUAGGUCUCCCGGUACUGGAUUAUAUUACAAUCUUCAACAAUAUAAUUUGCCUUAUCCUGAAGCAAUCUUUGAUUUGGGUUUUUUUGCUCGUGAUCCACGCCCAUUUAUUACUCUGGCGAAAGAAUUGUACCCUGGUGUAAAGUAUUCCCCAAAUAUAGGGCACUAUCUUGUUCGUUUACUUCAUGAGAAAGGCAUGCUUCUUCGCAUGUACACCCAGAAUAUUGAUGGAUUAGAGAGGUUGGCUGGAAUUCCUGGGAAUAAAUUGGUUGAAGCCCAUGGUGCCUUCUCAACAGCAUCCUGUAUCAAAUGCAAUCGUCAACAUGAUCCAGUAAAAACCCGCUCAUUAAUUUUAGAAGAGAAAGUGGUGUAUUGUGAUCACUGCAAGGGUUUGGUAAAGCCUGAUAUUGUAUUUUUUGGGGAGGCUAUGCCUGAUCGGUUCUUUUUAUACCAAGAAGAUGCUCUGUAUGCAGAUCUUCUUAUUGUAAUGGGGACUUCAUUAGAAGUCUAUCCAUUCGCUGCAAUUGCAGAAGAAGUAAGUUACAACGUGCCCAGAAUACUCUUCAACCGAGAAGUCGUUGGCACUAUGGGAAUGCGUGCAAAAGAUGCUAUAUUUACAGGAGAUAUCACAGAGAAUAUUACACUCCUCCUAAAAACUUUGGGAUGGUAUGAAGAACUACAGAAAUUACAAAAAGAGAACUCUAAAUAGUUAAAUUUGUAACUCUGAAUUAAGGGAAUUAAAAUAUUCCUUACAUUCAGAGUAAAGGAUAAUUAUUUUUUUUGUCAAUAAUAGUUUGUACAAAAUUAUGUACUAUUAUGUCCAUAAAAUUAUUUUGUUAAUGUUCAACUACAUUUUUCAUUGUGGAAAUACAUUUUACUUUGAAUUAGUGAAACAUACCCCCUCCUUAAGUUUUCCUAUGUUACUUGCAAAGGGAAAUUCUUGUCUCAACGCAAUUGUCUAUGACAAUUAUCUACUUUGUAUCGCAAUACAUUGUCUCAUCAUCAGGCAGGAAAGACAGUUAUUAACAAGAGUACUAAGGAAGAAGGCUACAUUAAGUUAAUGAUAUAGACUACAGAAAUGAAGAACAUAAUGCUUUAUUAAUAAUUAAUAUUGCAGAUAGUAAUGAAUUGUUCUUAAAAGCAAAGUAUGAAAAUGGAGACAAAACAUUCUGUUAGCGGAACUACAUACUGGCACAACAGUUCUCUGUAAAACAUCCACAGGAGUUUUACACCAGUAUCCAGCUCCUGCUAAACUAUGAGAAGAGACAGAUAGCUUGGCUGUUUCACAACUCUAAAACACGAUGAAAGUAUUCUUUUUCUGCCAGAAAACAGAACUUAAGAAUGCUCAGCAUUCAAAACAGGACCAUUGUGGUCAUUGUAUGAAACUAUGGUAGUUUGUUGCAUAGAUGAUCCAAAGAAAGCAAUACACAGGAUUCAGAAUCUACAUUCCAUCACAGGAGUAAAAUUUUUGUAGACAUGCUUAAUUAAAAAAAUGCAUCGGUGAUUUCUUAAAACUACAUGAGCAAAAGAUUUGCAAAGGUCAGUGACAGGAGAAAUAAGUGAAGCAAGCUGUGUAACCUUCAAAUGAGAGAUAUGCAAGGCAUUGAUGUACACACUUCUCAUUCAAACUAGUUACAUCUAAAAUUGAAGAAAUUGUUCCCAGUAAGGAAUAAUAGACUGCAGAAACAAGAGAAACAGUCCCAUUUUAACUAGCUCAAUGUCACUACUAGCCUCUUUUAAUUCCAUUUCUGCACUUUCAUUCACAGCACAAUUAGCAGCAGUACUAAUUACCUCCUGUUACAACAAUCCAUUACUGGAAAUGUUAAACACUUCAUGUCUAUGUACCCUUUUAAUCAUGUGCACUUCGAACAUAAGAAAACAGGCCCCCUAACAAGUUCAACUGGAAUGCAAAUUCAUAAAUCACAACCAAGGUCCCCUGUGGAACUACUUAGCACCACCAAAGGAAAACUGCAAUGCUUUACAAAGGCUUAUGCACUAUGUAACAAGACAGUUUAAAAGUAUAUGCUAGUAUACAUUACCCCAGAUAUGAAUUAUCUCACUUGGUUUCUGAUUUUUUUCCAUCAAGUACAAAAAAUCCCUUAUGAACUGCACCUGUGCUUUUGUACGUAACAUACUUCAUCAAAUGGCAAGAUUGUGUAAUGAAUAAGAUCCAAAUGAAAGUGCUAUCAACACAAUAUAAAUGUGAUUAAAUAAUUUUCAAAAUACUAGUUCAAGCACUGAAUUUAUGAGAAUCUUGCCACCAGAAAUUGUGCUCCUUUCUUCAUUCACACAAAUCUUCAAAUCAGAUUAUAUUGAACACUUAUGCCACAUGCUUUCUGUCUCCUACAAAAGGGAUACUGGAAUAUUAAAUCAUUUUUCAAACUUUCUACAAAUUCAUUGCACAACCAGGAGUGCCUGUAUAGUGAAACAAGACACACUAAUACAAAAGAAUAUACAUCAAACGUAAUUCCUCAAUACUGAGGAACAUAACAAGUAUGGUGCCACUAUGUGGCUCAGCCUCAAUUUGUAUC